GACAUGACAGCCUUUUUCCAUGUAGGCAUGUAGGACUGCAUAUGAAUAAGGUUAGGAUUUUAUAUUCAACAUUGUAACUUUCGUUUUCCUUAUUUGCAAAUAGAAACUGUUUUGACCAAACGUCAUGAGACGCGUCACUUAGGCCAUUGCGGUAAAAAGGGAUUCAAGCUAAUCCUACAUCAGAAGUUUCAACAUGACAGAUAGCUGGAGACUAGCAAUGUCGUUCUCUACUCAAGUCGUGUUUGUGAAGAUGUCCCUGCAGCUUUGCAUAAGUAACAUCCAGCACAUCUUUGCAACUGUCCUGGCAUGGAUAGGUGUGCGCGGUCCGCAGGUGCGGUUGACAUCUACAGGAAAAGUCAAUCUAGUCAAGGUGUUGGAAAAUAAUAUAUCUCAAACAGCGACAACUCCAAGCAGUGUCAAUUAUCAUUUUACUCGACAGUGCAAUUAUAAAUGCGGUUUUUGUUUCCACACGGCAAAAACGUCUUUUGUCCUGCCCAUUGAAGAAGCAAAGAGAGGUUUACAGCUUCUGAAGCAAUCAGGACUGGAAAAGAUGAACUUCUCUGGUGGAGAGCCUUUCUUACAGGACAGAGGGGAUUUCUUGGGUAAAUUAGUCCAGUACUGCAAACAAGACCUCCAUCUCCCAAGUGUCAGUAUUGUCAGCAAUGGCAGCCUGAUCAGAGAGAGGUGGUUCCAGAAAUAUGGCCAAUACCUGGACAUUCUGGCCAUUUCCUGUGACAGCUUUGAUGAGGACACGAACCAGACUAUAGGCAGAGCCCAGGGCAGAAAGAGCCACCUUGACAACCUCAUCAAAGUCCGGGAGUGGUGCCGGGACUACAAAGUGGCAUUCAAAAUCAACUCUGUGAUCAACACAUUUAAUGUGAAUGAAGACAUGAGAGAAAACAUUUCUGAACUCAACCCUGUACGCUGGAAGGUGUUCCAGUGUCUACUGAUCGAUGGGGAGAAUGCUGGGGAGAACAGUCUGAGGGAGGCAGAGAGGUUUGUCAUCAGCGAUCAGCAGUUUCAGGACUUCCUGGAUAGACACAGCACCAUCAGCUGCCUGGUACCUGAAUCCAAUCAGAAGAUGAGAGAUUCCUACCUCAUCCUGGAUGAAUAUAUGCGUUUCCUGGAUUGCAGAGAGGGGAGGAAGGAUCCAUCCAAGUCCAUCCUUGAUGUUGGCGUGGAGGAGGCCAUUCAGUUCAGUGGCUUUGAUGAGAAGAUGUUCCUAAAGAGAGGAGGGAAAUAUGUGUGGAGCAAAGCUGACAUGCGGCUGGAGUGGUGAUCCACACAUUGUAAUCAAUUCCACUUUUUGUUUGUACUUGUGUGUGUUUUUAUUUGUAUAGACAGUUGUAUUUAAUGGAUAACAUAAAUAGGAAAACAAAUAAAAUAAUAACUGUAGGCUACACCAA